AUGGCCAUCGCAACGUACGAGCAGGUCCCUCUUGGACCGCCGUCGCCCCGAGCCACGGACAAGCAUGGCUCCCCGCCAACACCUGUCACGCCGAGCUGUGAGAAAGUGGAGCUGCGGAAAUGGGGAAGGCCCGCGUCCAGGCGUGCGAGCGACGAGUUGGGGGAGGACCCGUUGGAACGACUGCAGAGGGACGAUUUGGAGCUGAAGCGACGCAUACGCGUUCUGAAGAUCGUGUCGCGGGUGACGGCGGCGUGCCUGUCGACCGCCGUGCUUGUGCCGCUGGCGAUCACGAUACACAAGUUCCUCUCCACCCGGGACCAGUACAUGGUCGUCACGAACGAGUCGGCCGGCGGCGAGCCGGUCCGGCGCACGGCCUGGGCGACGCAAAGCGAGACGUGGCCCACGUACAUGUACUUCGGCAUAGCCGUCGUCUCGCUCGUGUUCAACUCGUCCAUCUUGAUCGCUUACCUGCACAGCAUCCGGUCCGCGAACCGCGUCGCCACGCUCGGCACGGCGUUCAGCGGCGCCGUGUUGGUCUUGAACCUGGUCAUCUGGGCCAUCACCGUCGCUCUGUACAAGCGUCGUGCCGAGAUCACACGGGACGGCAAGCACAACGAUCUGUGGGGCUGGACGUGCUCGCCGGCCGCGAAGUUGCUGCAGCCGGCUUUCAAAGAGCAGAUCGACUUCGACCGGUACUGCAACAUACAAGCCAUAUCGUGGUACAUUGGCCUCGUGCAGGUGGGAUCCCUGCUUCUGACCGUCGUUCUCUACGUGCUUGCACUCAGAAGGCUGAGAAGUAAGAAAGCCGUAAGGCAAAGUCUGAGCGCGAGGAAAAAUAGCAUGGUCAAUUCGUGACGAUAUCGUGCCCUUGAGACGUGAAAGAAACAAUUAGCUUAAGAAAAAGGUUCUCUUUCGGUCUGCCUAGGCAAACAAUGCUUGAAAUAUUGGUUCUUUUUUA